AUGCCAAUGCAGGAUCAGUCCCCCACUGGCAUCUUCUACCUCGCCGUCAACUUCAUCCUCGGCGCCGGCGUGCUCGGCUUGCCGCACGCCGUCGCCGCGGCCGGCAUCGCAGCCUCUGCCUUGUCGCUCGUCGUCGUCGCCGCGCUUUCGCUCCUGACGUGUUCGUGGCUGCUCGAGGCGGGAGACCGGGCCAACGCGGUGCAGAACCACGUCUCGAGCAAGGUGGUCCACCCCCUCACGCCGCACGAAGUUGUCGUGCGGCACGCCGACGGUGGCCAGUCGCUUCUCGAGCCAGCGGCGCCCUUCCACCGCCGCGACCGCGCAAACUCGAGGGACGGCGCGCCGCGCUCGCACUCGAGGGAGCGCACUCCGCGCUCCGCCCUCGUCGCCGCCCGCCUCUCCGCGCCGCUCACCGAGCCGCUCAUCGGCGGUGCUACCUCGCAGCUGGAAGGCCUCCCUGUCGGCGCCCCCUCGCAGCUGGACGAGUACCGCGCCGCCUACCGCUGGUGGGGGGGAGGCUUUUCGGCCCUCCGCCCGCUCCUCGUCUGGGAGCCGCAGCGCCACCGCGAGCUGCAGCCGCUCCAGCUCCUCCCUCCUCCGCCUCCGAUUGACGUCCCCCAGACCGUCGGCAGCCCCGCCACCUCCGCCGCAUCGCUCGACCCGGCGGGCGCCUCCGCGCCGCUCCGCAGGUCCGCCUCCUCCCCGGCGGAGCUGGCGUGCUGCGAGGCGGAGGUGCAGCAGGCGAGCGCGGAGGCGAGCGCGGCAGGUGCAGUCGGGGCUGGCGGCUACUCCUGCACCAACUGGGCCAUCCCUCGGCUCGGCGACCUCUUCGGCGAGGCGGCGCGAUCGCCCUUCGCGCCGCGGCGCGAGCCGCUCUACAGCCCUCCGCCCUUCAGCCCCGGCGCCGGCUGCUCGAGCGGCGCGUCGUCGGCGCUCGGCUCGCCUUACCGGCAGCCGCCGCCGCCCGCUGCCCGCUCGCACCAGCCGGGCGGUGCAGCACCGGCCCCGCUGCUCGAGCCGCUGCUUCCGCAGGGCGGGGGAGGAGGGGGAGGAGGGGGGGGAGGGGGCGACGUCGAGGCGGCGCGCGGCGCAAAGGGGUGCGGCGCGGGUCCUGACUGGAGCACUCCUGCGGACAUCUCUGCGCUCGAGGUCGCCCAGCUCUGCACCCUCUUCCUCGGCUGGAGGUCGCGCGCAGCUUGGAUCGGCGCCGUCUGCUCGCUGCACCUGGCGCACCCACACGCGCCCUCUGCGCCGCCCGCGGCGAUGUGGACCUGCUGCGCCAUCUGGGUUGCAACGGCGCACGCCUCGCUCGGCUACCCGCCCAGCCUCGACCCGACCGCCUCUCCUGGCCCGCUCCUCGCCCUGCACUCCGGCUCCGUCCAGCCGCUCGUCGACCUGCAGGGCUACAGCGGCGCGCUGCCAACCUUCCUCUUCUCGCACAUUGUCCAGCAGUCCGUCCCCUCGCUCCGCCGCGCCGCCGCGGCGCCCGAAGCGACGCGCGCUGCGCUCAGCGGCGCGCUGGCGGCGUGCUGCGCGCUCUACCUGCUCCUCGGCUGCCUCGCCGCCUCCUACUUUGGACCCGACACCGCCCCGCUCGUGACGCUCAACUUUGAGCUCUUCACGGGCGGCGCGCCCGCAGGCACGGCGCGCCCGCUCUGGGCGCGUGUCGUGGCGGGCUGGGUGACGCUGCUGCCGCUCCUCACGACGACCGCCGCCUUCCCGCUCUUCAACGGCGUACUGGCCGCCAACCUCGUGCACGCUCUACCACCCAAGCUCGCGACGCCCACCGUCGCCGCCGCGCUCUGCGCGCUGCCGCCGCUGCUGCUAACCGGCGCCGUCACCGACACGACCUUCCUCUUCCAGCUCUGCGGCCUCUCGGGGUUCGCCAUCGUCUUCUUCGUGCCCGCGGCGCUGCAGCACGCCUCGCUGCGCGCCUCAGCGGGCCGCGACACGCCCCACUCGACUUGCUUCUCGGGCGCGAGGCCGGUCCUCGCCGUCGUCGCCCUCGGCGGCGCAGCCUUUGCCCAAAACGCGUGGACGCUGCUCCUCCGGCCUCUCCUCGCCAGCCUCGUCGGCGCGGCGCCCGGCCUCUGA